AUGGUGGAGGAGUACGAGGUGGAGGCGCGGAUCGACGCGGUGAACCAGCAGCUCUACUACGCGCAGGCGACGGCGCAGCAGCUCAAGGAGGACGCGCAGCACCGCCACUCCAUGUUCAUCGAGAUGACCAUCGUGCUGCUGAUCGCGUUUGAGGACGGCGCGCAGUGA